AUGAAAUCAAAAUCUUUGCCAAGAUUAUUAGCUGGAUUUCUUAGACAAUUCCCUUCUAUAAAAAAUAACAAUUCCUUAAAUCAAGAUGUACUAAAUCCUUUUAAGCCUAUCAAAAACAAAAUAACUGGCCGAUGGAAAAACCCAAUUUAUUCUUUGCGACAACAAGCUGUAUUGUUAAAACAAGCACAUAUCUUUGGAUAUGAGAAAUUCCUGCCAUUAAAAUCUUCCGUUAUUAAACGGAUGCGCGGUAUUUCACGCUGGAAAGGCACAAAAGGUGAGCGAAUGAGAAAAGGAAAAGCUGUACGAAGAAUACGGGAGUUGGAGAUGCAACCCCUGCGAAUAGAAGCCUGGAAAGCUGAAAAGAAGAAACGCUCUGAAAAGGAUAUUUUUCUUUGA